AUGGUACAUCCCAAAAGAAUUCUACGUGCACAUUUCAGUGCUGUUACUGACCAAGAACUACAUGGUGCUAUGAAAAAUCUUCGAGAACCUAAUAAACACGAAGCAUUGUCAGUAGAUGCUAGGCAAGAACUUGAUCUUCGAAUCGGUUGUGCGUUCACUAGGUUCCAAACGAAAUUUUUUCAGGGGAAGUAUGGUGAUCUAAACAGCAAUCUUGUGUCGUUUGGACCUUGUCAAACACCUACACUUGGAUUUUGCGUAAAACGACACGAUCAAAUCCAAUCAUUUAAACCAGAAACAUUUUGGCGGAUAAAGGUCUCGGGUGUAGAUGAUACCGGGGGUGUAUUAGAAAUGUCAUGGAAUCGUGAUCGUAUCUUUGAUAAAGAAGCUGCUUCAGUAUUUUUAGGUCGAGUCAAGUCUUCCAAAACAGCAGAAGUCGUCCAGGUAUCUGUCAAACAGAAAAUUAAACCACGUCCACAAGGUUUGAAUACAGUAGAAAUGUUACGAGUUGCCAGUGCUGGUUUAGGUAUUGGACCACAUAGUGCAAUGGCUAUUGCGGAACGAUUGUAUACAUCUGGUUACAUAAACUAUCCACGUACUGAGACAACAGCUUAUCCAAACACAUUUGAUUUACGUGGAUUACUACAGCAGCAGGUGAAUAAUCCAGUUUGGGGAGAUCUAGCUCGUGAAAUUCUAAAAAGUGGGUUAACUCCACCUCGUGCUGGUCAUGAUGCAGGUGACCAUCCUCCUAUUGCUCCUAUGCGUUUUGCGUCUUCCCAAGAACUGGGACAUGAAGCCUAUCGAUUGUAUGAAUACAUUACACAACAUUUUAUCGCUACUAUUAUGCCCGAUUGUUGUUAUGAACAAACACAAGUGACCGUAUCCGUUGGUGAUGGUGAAUUGUUUACAAUAAGUGGAUUAAAAGUAGUUGACCCUGGUUUUACACGAAUAUUAACUUGGCAAGCAAUAGAAGAUAAAUCGUUGCCUCUAACACUUCUUAAUCAAGGCUAUCAAUUCAAUUUACUUGAAGAACCAAGUUUAGUUGAAGGACAAACUGGUCCACCAGACUAUUUAACUGAGGCUGAAUUAAUUACCGCUAUGGAACGUCAUGGGAUUGGAACUGAUGCAUCAAUCCCAACACAUAUAGAAAAUAUCGUUCAAAGAGGUUACGUUCAACUUCUUUCGGGGCGAAAACUACAACCUACACCAUUAGGGAUUGUACUUGUUCAUGGUUAUCAAACAAUCGAUGCCGAACUUGUCCUACCACAUAUGCGUAGAGCUGUUGAAGAACAAUUAAAUCAUAUUGCUCGUGGUCAUGCUAAAUAUGAUUUAGUAUUACAAUUUGUUUUAGCUAUUUUUGCCGCAAAAUAUCGUUAUUUUGUUGAACAUAUCAAUGGUAUGGAUCAAUUGUUUGAAGUUUCAUUCACUACUCUAGCUAGUUCAGGUAAACCUUUAUCCAGAUGUGGAAAAUGUCAUCGAUACUUAAAGUUUAUAGAUUCUCGACCACAACGACUUCAUUGUUCAAUUUGUAAUGAAACAUAUACAUUACCACAGAAUGGUACAAUUCGACCCUAUAAAACCGAAAAGUGUCCUUUAGAUAAAUUUGAACUACUAUGCUAUACUCAAGGCGGUAAAGGAAGAAAUAUGGUUUUUUGUCCAUAUUGUUUUUCUCAUCCACCAUUUGAAUCAAUGCCAAAAUUAUCCGGUUGUAAUAGAUGCCCUCAUCCAACAUGUCCACAAUCAAUGGAAUCAUUAGGAGUUGAUGCAUGUCCUGAUUGUCCAUAUGGUAUACUAGUUUUAGAUGAUUCUAAUGCACCAAAAUAUCGUUUAAAUUGUAAUAGAUGUCCAACAUUCCUGUCUAUUUCUGACGCUGUAAAAAGUAUGUCUGUCAAAAAUGUUAGUUGUUCAGUAUGUACAGCUAUGCAUCUUAACUUGAGAUUUGAUCCGGGUAAAGUCCCUAAUUCAAGCGAAGAUAAUUCUGAAAAAAUUAGCACUACAUUCUCUGGAUGUGCAUUCUGUACAGAAUCAUUAUGUUCAUUAUUCACUAUUGUAAGAAAAAAGGAAGCACCGAAUAAUCCUACUGUCAAUUUACGUGGUUCACGCCAUCAUUCUGGAACCCAUCAACGAGGUGGUCGACGAGGGCGGAGUUUUCGAUAA